AGUGCGGUAUUGGGGUUUACAGGAUCCACAGCAGACCAGAGCAAAGGGAGAGUAGUCUUUUGGGAAGCGGACAUGGCCGUGUACUGCAUCUUUAGAGGAAUGUGAAAUAAAGGUUUCAAUGAUCCGACGGCUGACAGAUGAAGUACAACAUAACCUGCGUUCUGGGGUCGCAAUUGUGUCGACGCGGCAGUGCAUCGAAGAACUGAUCCUGAACAGCGCAGAUUCUCAGGCAACAUGCAUUGCUGUGAGGGUGGAUUUAGAGGCUUUUCGAGUUCAGGUAGUGGAUAAUGGAUGGGGUGUGUGCGAAGAUGACAUGGCAAAAGUGGGAACUCGUUACUUUACAAGCAAAUGCCAUUCCCUAAAGGAUUUAGAAAACUUGGUGUCAUACGGGUUUCGUGGAGAAGCCAUUGCAAGCAUUGCUGAUGUUUCCACCAUUGUAGAAAUUUCUUCAAGGUGUAAGAAUAAUGCAAAAACGUUUACUAAACUGUUCCAGAAUGGAAAACCAAUGCAAGUAAAGGAAGCAGAGCUGGCCAGGCCAAGCACCGGAACCACUGUUACUAUCUAUAAUUUAUUUUAUAAUUUACCAGUUCGUAGGAAGUGCAUGGACUCUGUCUUAGAGUUUGAAAGGAUACGCCGGGGGGUAGAAGCUUUGUCUCUUAUCCAGCCCUCCGUCUCUUACUCCCUGAAAAAUGAUGCUUUGCAUUCAAUGGUUCUGCAGUUACCAAAAACCAAAGAUGUACGGUCACGCUUCUGCCAGAUUUAUGGUUUGGCACAUUCCCAGAAGCUCCGAGAGAUCCAGCAUGCGCAGUAUGGAUUCACUGUGUCUGGAUUUAUAAGCUGUGAAAGCCAUUAUAACAAGACAAUGCAGUACCUGUAUGUUAACAAGAGAUUUGUUUUAAAAACAAAAUUACAUAAACUAAUUGGCUCCAUGCUGAGGAAGGAAAGUGUGAUCUGCAGGCCAAAAACAAGUCCCCACCCAGGUAAGUACCACUCCAGCCCUGAGCUUCAUGCCAUCUUUCUAAUAAACAUUCAGUGUAAUUGCCAGGAGUAUGAUGUUUGUUUUGAGCCAGCAAAGACACUGAUUGAAUUCCAAAAUGGUGACUUGUUGUUUCACUGUAUUGAGGAAGGAGUGAGGACAUUUCUCAAGACAACGGAUUUGUUCCUGGAGCCACUAAAAGAAGAUGUGUGUGAAUUAAAAGAAAGCAAUAAUUUAAGUCUGCCAUUAAAUGAGUUUCACCAUCAAGAAAAUCAAGACAGAGAUAUUUAUCAGAAUGCUUUAGACAAUUAUGAGAUCUGCAAUGUGAAAUCUAAAUCAGUGUUUCGUAGUAACAGCAAAGCACUUACAACAUCUCACAAUGAUACGAGAGAAAUCCAGACAGCUGGAGUAGCAAUACUGGAUUGCCUGGUACAAACUCCUCCCAUUGCGCAUUGUGAAUGUAAAACCUCUAAUGAGAUUAUGCACCCUGGAAAUCAUGCCAUCAUUGAAUGCAGUGAAAAGGCCCCCCAGGCAUACAGCCAGGUGGAGCUCGCAAGUGACAACUGGGAAGCAGAAGCCUUUGUCCUGAAGCAUCCGACCAAAGAAUCUGGUGUAGAUGCAAUUUCCAACCGCUUUACUAAGAGUAAAGAGUAUGACUCCAGAACUUCAUCGAAAUGCAGCAAUACUCAGGAUAAUGGGGAUGUCACUGACCCUGCUUUUAAAGAUGACUUUUCUAUGGAAUUGGGCAAUAGUAUAACAGCCAGCUGCUCCAAGCACCCACGUGGUAUUCUCGGCCUGUCAAGUGAAAAGGAUGAAGGCCCACUGUAUAGCAUGUUCCCCACAUCUGGAUUGGAAGACGACUAUAAAGUAUUUGGGAGUGAACAUAAAGCAGACAUUAACAGGGCUACUCUAAAUAGGCAGUUGGGGGAACUGUACAGCGCUCCCAAGAAUCCCACUGUACCGUCCAAAAGAAAGGUUUCCGCAGCAGUGGGAAUGGCUUCGCUUGUAGGUUCCUUGGAAAAAUUUAAGAGACAGUAUGGAAAAAUGCAGCAAUCUGUUGUGAGUCCGUCUGUAGGAAAUAAUGGACUUUUGUUCCAAACUGGAAGUGACCAGAAUGAAGACCAAUCCAAUCUUUGUACCAAUAAUAAAAUGACUGAAAUGCAGGAACUGUCCAGCUUAUUGCAAAAACCUCCUGUUCCUAUUCUGGAAAACACAAAGGACUCUGGGCACUUAUUAUCAGGCAUCAGUCCUCUGACAUACUCAGACUAUGCUCAUUUAAAAAGGAAUGAUUCAGGUCAGCAGAUAGUUCGUAGCUCACUUACUGCUAAACUGUCUAAACAAAAACAGAGCAUGAAGGUCGGUCUCUCUAAUGAGACACCUAAAACAAAAGAAUUCCCACCCGAGCAUAUACCAUCAAUGGAGUCAUCUGCUGUAGAUCUUAUUACAUCACCACACAUUACUGAGCAGAGAGGAGAAACCAUAGAGCGGUCCUCUGUUGGUCUCAUUACACCACCUAUUACUGGGCAGAGAGAAGAAACCAUAGAGCUGUUCUCUGUUGGCCUUAUCACACCGCCAAUUACUGGGCAGAGAGAAGAAACCAUAGAGCUGUCCUCUGUUGAUCUUAUCACACCGCACACUACUGGGCAGAGAGAAGAAACCAUAGAGCUGUCCUCUGUUUGUCUUAUCACACCGCACAUUACUGGGCAGAGAGAAGAAACCAUAGAGCUGUCCUCUGUUGGUCUUAUCACACCGCACAUUACUGGGCAGAGAGAAGAAACCAUCAAUAAUGAUUGUCCACUGUCCAGCUGUGGGGAGCAGAUGAUUUGCACCCCGAAUAAAGCUCACUUAGACCCUGACAUUAUCACCAGAGUUCCCAGUGAGAGCUCAGAGUCUUCUGAUUGGUUGCUGUGCUAUGAAGCCUUUCUUGGGAGAAACAUUUUCAUCAAUAGAGUCACAGGAAUGAGUAGUUACAGAGCGCCACAACAAGACAUGGAAACUGUGUGUGAAACAGAACUUACUGCCAUGGUGGAGAGCACUAACUACUGUAAUGGGCUGCGGUCACAGUGUUACCCCUUCUGGAAGGAGAAUCUUGUUCCACUCUUUCCUCAGCCACAUGGACAAAGGGCCUGUUUAAGGGCACACACAGAUGCAGAGGAUUGUUCUCUGCAAAGCAUCUUCUCCCAGUGGGAGAAUCCGGUGUUUGAACGACAUCCGUCAGUGGCUGUAAAUGUAAGCAGUGGGCAGUCGGACACCCUGGCUGUGAAAAUACACAAUAUAUUGUACCCUUAUCGCUUCACCAAGGAUAUGAUUCAUUCCACGUGGGUGCUGCAGCAAGUGGAUAAUAAGUUUAUCGCAUGUGUGAUGGAUGUAAAGAAGGAGGGACAAGCCAAUCCAGAUGGGAACCUUUUGGUGUUGGUGGAUCAGCAUGCAGCACAUGAACGGGUCCGUCUGGAGCAGCUUAUCGCAGACUCCUAUGAGGCCGUGUCUGCAGAGUGUGAUACGAGACGACUGAAGGUAUCUGCAGUGCAGCCGCCUCUUGAACUGGAAGUUACAGAGGAGCAAUAUCGCCUCCUUAGAAUCUUUGAUGCCCGACUUGCAAGAGUUGGCCUCUCGCUAUCAUUCUCCGACUCAGAGAAAUCGCGGGUACUGGUUGGAUCAGUUCCUCUGUGCUUCGUGGAGAAAGAAGCCAAUGAAACGCAGCGUGGAAGACCAACAGUCACAAAAAGGAUAAUUGAGGAGUUCCUGCAAGAACAAGUGGAGAUGUUUCAGACAGCUGGAGCAGCUCAAACGUCCGUUCCCCUGACUGUACUAAAGGUGCUUGCGUCACAGGCCUGUCACGGAGCUGUAAAGUUUAAUGACAGUCUAACAUUAACGGAGUGCAGACACCUGAUCCAGGCUCUGUCGCGUUGUAACCUGCCCUUCCAGUGUGCACACGGGAGACCGGCCAUACUGCCCCUGGCAGACAUAUCCCACCUGGAGCACAAGAUUCCGCUGAAGCCUAACCUGAGACGUCUUUGUGAGAAGCGUGCAGCCUGGGAGAUGAAUAGGAGAGCAGAUUUCAUCUCAACGGAGAAUAAAAUUUAAAUCUGCUCUGACACGAACCCUGGCUGAGCGAGACGUACACACCGUCCUUUUUAUUUUGACAGCUUGAAGGUUACAAUGCACACAGAUAUCACACUGUCACAGGUCUUUAUUAAUUUAACGAGUAAAACGGUAGCAGUGCCAGGAAUCAAAGUUCAUGAUCAGCAGGGUGAUACAGCUCACUCAUCAGACGAUAUAUAUAAGAUGGAGCAUUGCCGCCUAUGUUUGAAAUAAACAGUGUGAUAAGUUCAGGUGGAACAUGAUCAAAAAUCGGGCAGUGAGCGCUCACCUGGGACAGGAUUUCACCUGCAACAGAAAACAUAAAA